AUGUCAGGUGUGAAAGCAGAUCGUUGUAUUGGUACCAAAUCGCCAGUUUACUGGCUCAUUUUCUUCCUAAUUUCAGGGUUGUCGCUCUGUGAUCUUUGGAUAUGCUCUGACGUUCUACUAUGCACAGUCUCCACCCUUCACCUAUGCGCCAUCUCCAUUGAGCGAUGUCUAGCAGUGAGCAGUCUCGCUUACCUACGACACCGUUCGGCAACCUUGGUCCUUAUCAUGGUGAGCAUCUGUUGGAUCCUCGCUACAAUGGUCAGUCUGCCCUCGCGUUUCCAUGGUAGGCGCCAACUUGAGGUUCCCGAUGUGAUUUACGGUGGAAAGUGUGAGAUCAAUAUGGAAGAGGGCUACACAAUUUACUCAAAUCUGCUUGCUUUUGACCUUCCCAUGGUCUUUAUUGUCAUAAUGUACGCACGCAUUUACUUCACGGCGCGCAAGCAUAUACGAAAAAAACACUUUACGAAAUACCAUGUCACCACUACACUAAAUGAAGACACCAGGUACAACUCAACGGCGUUUACUGACAGCGGUUACAAGCAUCGUCGGUGUUGUUACUGCUGUGGCUACGUCAUGGAGACAAAAUUUCACAAAAGUGGAACUGUUCUUCGGAUAGGCUUGACGCGUUGCUCAGAAUUCCGACAGUCCAACUCCUCGCAGAAGCAGACAACCAUCACGGAGCCACCAGAAACUGUCGUAGCUGCAGCGGCCAGUGCGAUGCAAAUAGCGGCAACAGUGAUUAGCACCACAAAAGAACCCGUAUGGGAAAAUGACGAAUUCGAUGUUUCUGAUGACGAGGAGGCACGUCAAGUGGCCACCUUUAGGCCAUUCAUUUCUACCAUUUCUCUUUCAGCUGACAACAACCCACAGACCCAAACAAAUUAUCAGCCCUUGACUUAUGAGGUUAUUCGUAAUCUUAAAAAACAAAGACUGACAAGUCCUUGCAAAGAGCCAAUGCCGCCUGAGGUGAAUGGACCUAUAAGACGGGAGCUGUCUGUUUAUACCAACUGCUCCUCUCUUCAGUAUGUAGAUGAGAAUUCCAAGCAAAACUCCGUUUCCUCCAGCCUUUAUUCAUCGGUAAUGCGCUCAACUGACCAGAACGAUAAGGAAAAUGCCAGUACUACUGCAGAGAAUAGUCUACAAAAUUUUGUUCCUUUGUGUGAUUACUACAGACAGAGGCGGCAACGCGAGUGGUUGGCACACAGAAAGGUUUUCAGCGAAAAGGCUAGUGAAGUAAUGAAACAACUGUCAGUUAACGGCUCUGAGACAAUCAUUCGGUGUGAGGAGGAGCGGUGCUCUCGCGAGCGCUUGGAACAGAGGCGUGAACGGCGGGCUGUCCGAACUCUGGCAAUAAUCACGGGCUGUUUUGUUCUUUGCUGGCUUCCCUUUAACAUUCACGCACUGCUAUCGCCGUUUUUUGGGCGAAUCCAUCCCCUUGGUGCGUCAGUGUUAUUAUGGCUGGGAUAUCUUAAUUCUCUUCUAAAUCCCAUUAUUUACACUAUAUUUUCAAAGGAAUUUCGUAGUGCCUUCCGAAGAAUUAUUUGUCGGGGACCGCGGUUAGAUUGCUUCCGAUGA